AUGUGUACGCAUUGUUUUCUGGUGUCUACCAGUACAUUGACAACUGUCAGGGUUAACUCUGCAAGAGCAUCAGCACAGUACUCAAAUGAACUGAAUCGCGGAAAAAAAUACAAGCAAGAAGAUUCAAGAAUUAGAACAUCAAUAAAAGAAGGAAUUGAAGAAUCUAAUCCAAAUAUGGUUCCAAAGCCAUACGAUGAUUUAUUCAUUGAACCAGCUGGUGAUUACGAUGUUGUCUAUGCUGAUUACAAUACUACGUUAGUUUAUCUAAUUUUCAAAUUAUUAUUUUUUGAUUCAAAUAAUUUGGCCAUUGUUUUUAAAAAACUGGCAAGUGAAUUGAAGAAAUUUCAACUAAUCAGUUCAAUGAUUGAUACACAUUUGUUGAAUUGUUAUGGAUAA